AUGAGCAGCAACUUUUCCCAACCAGCCCUGCAGCUCUGCUAUGAGAACAUGAAUGGACCCUGUAUUAAAACCCCUUACUUUCCAGGGGCCAGGGGCCUCCUGUACAUGGUCUUUGGCUUUGGGGCUGUGCUGGCUGUGUGUGGGAACCUCCUGGUACUGGUUUCUGUCCUCCAUUUCAAGCAGCUGCACUCUCCAGCCAAUUUCCUCAUUGCCUCUCUGGCCAGUGCUGACUUUUUGGUGGGUAUCUCUGUGAUGCCCUUCAGCAUGGUAAGGUCCAUAGAGAGCUGUUGGUACUUUGGAGACAAAUUUUGUAGCCUACACAGUUGCUGUGAUGUGGCAUUUUGUUAUUCCUCUCUCUUCCAUCUGUGCUUCAUCUCCAUCGACAGGUACAUCGCUGUCACUGACCCUCUGGUCUAUCCCACCAAGUUCACUGUGUCUGUGUCAGGAAUUUGCAUCAGCAUCUCCUGGAUUCUGCCCGUGCUGUGCAGUGGUGCUGUGUUCUACACAGGCAUCAGUGCCAAGGGGAUGGAAAGCUUAGCGAGUGCUCUCAACUGUGUAGGAGGCUGCCAAAUUGUUAUCAAUCAAGACUGGGUUUUGGUAAGUUUUAUUUUGUUCUUCAUACCUACGCUUGUUAUGAUCAUUCUCUACAGCAAAAUAUUUUUGAUAGCUAAACAGCAAGCUGCAAAAAUUGAAACGACUAUAAGUGGCAACAAAAGAAAAUCAUCAUUGGAGAGUUACAAAGCCAGAGUGGCCAAGAGAGAAAGGAAGGCUGCAAAAACCUUAGGGGUCGCUGUAGUGGCAUUUAUGAUCUCUUGGUUACCAUACACAAUGGAUGCACUGAGUGAUGCAUUUAUGGGAUUCAUUACUCCUGUCUGCAUCUAUGAAAUUUGUUGUUGGAGUGGAUAUUAUAACUCAACAAUGAACCCUUUAAUUUAUACUGUGUUUUAUCCUUGA